GGGAUGCACGAGCUGACCCAGCACAAGGUUGCAGUGAAAAUCCUGAACCGCCAGAAGAUUCGCAGCCUUGAUGUUGUUGGGAAGAUCCGCCGGGAGAUCCAGAACCUCAAACUCUUCCGGCACCCACACAUCAUCAAGCUGUACCAGGUGAUCAGUACUCCGACAGAUAUUUUCAUGGUGAUGGAAUACGUGUCGGGUGGGGAGCUGUUUGACUACAUCUGUAAGAAUGGCAAGUUGGAUGAGAAGGAGAGCAGGCGUCUAUUCCAGCAGAUCAUCUCGGCAGUGGAUUACUGUCACCGGCACAUGGUGGUGCACCGAGACCUGAAGCCAGAGAACGUGCUGCUCGAUGCCCAGAUGAAUGCCAAAAUCGCCGACUUUGGCCUCUCGAACAUGAUGUCAGACGGAGAGUUCCUGCGCACAAGCUGUGGCUCCCCUAACUACGCUGCCCCCGAGGUCAUUUCAGGAAGACUGUAUGCUGGGCCUGAGGUGGAUAUCUGGAGCUGUGGGGUCAUCCUCUACGCCCUGCUGUGUGGUACCCUCCCGUUCGAUGACGAUCACGUCCCCAUGCUGUUCAAGAAGAUCUGUGAUGGGAUCUUCUACACCCCGCAGUACCUCAACCCAUCCGUCAUCAGCCUCCUCAAACACAUGCUGCAGGUUGACCCCAUGAAGCGGACCACCAUCAAGGAUAUCCGGGAACACGAGUGGUUUAAGCAGGAUUUACCCAAGUACCUGUUCCCGGAGGACCCAGCCUACAGCAGCAGUAUGAUCGAUGAUGAAGCUCUGAAGGAGGUGUGUGAGAAGUUUGAGUGCAGCGAGGAGGAGGUACUGAACUGUCUGUACAGCCGGAACCACCAGGACCCGCUGGCUGUGGCCUACCACCUGAUCAUCGAUAACCGCCGCAUCAUGAAUGAGGCCAAAGAUUUCUACCUGGCGUCCAGCCCCCCUGACAGUGCCUCCUUCCUGGACGACCAGCACUUUGUGGCCAGGGUUCACCCUGAACGGGUACCCUUCCUGGUGGCAGAGCCCGUGCCCAGGUCCAGGCACACUCUGGACGAGCUGAACCCCCAGAAAUCCAAACACCCCGGGGUGCGGCGAGCCAAGUGGCACCUGGGAAUCCGCAGCCAGAGCCGGCCCAACGACAUCAUGGCAGAGGUGUGCCGGGCCAUGAAACAGCUGGGCUACGAGUGGAAGGUGAGGAAGCCAGGGGGGCUGUGGGUGUCCUGUGCUGAACCUGCUCCUGAUCUCCUGCUCCAUUCUGUGCUGACCACCUCCCUUCUCCAUCCAGCGGAUGAGGUGAAUGAGCCCAAGUCCGGCUCCACUACCCCUCGGCGUUCCGGAUCCAUCAGCAGCUACCACCGGAGUGGCUCCAGGACGGAGUCGGACACUGACUGCCCCGGGAAGCUGGCUGAUGGUACCUUGUCGUGGUCUGGGAGCUCAGUGGAGUCUGGCGUCCCCUCGGAUCUGGGCCCGAGGCCUGGCAGCCACAUUAUUGAAUUCUUCGAGAUGUGCGCAAACCUGAUCAAGCUCCUGGCUAGGUAAUGGCCAACUCUGCCUCUGCCUCUGCAUUACAGUCUGAUCGACUCUGACCAGCAAUGCACAAAGCAACAUGGGGAAACAGAUUAAUGCUUCAAAACAUCUUCCUGCAAACCUCUAGCUCACCAGCAGCACGCUACUAAUGGCAGUGUGAGUCAGCAGUCAGGCUGAGAGUUACUAAUGUGUUUCCUUCUCUCUCUCUCUCUCUCUCUCUGUAACUCGUGAGCUCUGUCUUUAGUUUGCUCUACCUGUCUGUAUGCUGAUGUGAAUCCAUUGCUUUGCUGCAUCUCUUACAACAACAGAAGGAUGAGGAGUCGCAGUGGGUCCCAGUGUUUGCCCUCACCCUGCCCAGCCUCUGUGCCUCUCCUCCCUCUCCCUGACUGUCACCCUCUGUGUGAGUCGUAAGCAGAGCAGCUUGGCAAGUUUUCCAGUGAGGUGGUGGGCUGGUGCAGUGUGAGGGGACCCAGCCCAGUUCACAGCACUGCAGAGCAGUGGGCCAUUCUGCACCAUUCACUGGUGUUGCUCUGUCUGCUCUCUCUCAGUCUCAAACAGGAACAAUUCCUCCUUGGACAGUUACCUGCGGAUUGUUGCACAGUGUCAAACUGCUCUGUUUGGGGAACGUUAGCUUAAGCUCUUUGGUGUUUCCGGUUUGAAGGUGGUUCCCUGGCAGGAACGUUGUGGAUUGGGUAUCCUGGGUUCUAGCUCAGUGCCCAGGAGGAAGCGCUCUUUUCCAGGGUGUGGUUAAGUAGUAAUUACAAUUCCCCACGCUCCGGCUUAACCAGCCUCUCUCCAGAAUCAGUGGUCAGGGCUUGGCUGUGGAUGUUUCCUGAGAUUUCCCAACCGUGUUGGAGAUGCCUGUCCUUCGGCUGUUCAGGUUGUGUGCGGGGCCCACCUGUUAGCAUGGAAUGUUCUGUCAGAUUUCUGACGUCGGUUUCAGGUGAGCGCAAAAGGGUUGGGGUUCCUGUCCAGCUUCAGUUGGAUUAUACGCUGAGGGGUACAAACCAUCCCAUACACAGUGAGGCACAGCACUAUGCAGGGCACACAUACCUUCCCACUGAGUGGUAGCUUCUGAGAUAAAGCAUAGCUGCCCAGGAGAGGGAACAUGUAAAGCAGUGAAGGGAGACCGAAGGAACAGGGAGGGGUCGCUUUGCUCUGAAUCUGCCCAGGGAGUGUUUGACAGGGACAGUGUAGAUGAAGCUCAGUAUAAGAGGGUAGAGUGAGGUUUACUGUGCUGGACAUUCCGUGAUGGUAAGGAUGGAGUCAGGCUCGGUUCGGAACAGCCCUGGAGCUGGUGAACCUGCUGCUCAGUGCUGCCUCUGUGGGAAGUAGCCGUUCAGGUCAAGGUGGGCGGAGACCUCCGGAAGGGGCUGGCAAGCAGCCGUGGGCAGUCCCGGGUUCCUCUCAGGAUAAUUGGGUUUUGCCAACUCCCUGAGUGCCAGGAGGAGCGCUCUCCCCCUCCCCCUCCCCCCUCCCCCUCCCCCUCCAGCUGGUUGAUCACUGACUGGAUAUGAGUGCUGUGACGUGGAAUCAAUAGGCGAACGAGGGAAAAGCUGUGGUUCAAAGUGCAGCAGCCUCUGUGAAUCGGGAAUUGAGUGUAAACUGUAUCAGAAAUUUGCACACAUCUGAUUUUGUAGAUUUAUUUUUUAGGCUGUAUCUAUUAUGCACACUACCUAUUUACUGAAUAUUAUGGUUUACCUUUUGCCACUUAGUGGCAGUCUUAAAGGAUUAAAAUUAACAAAGCAAUUCAUUUUGUAAGAAAAUAAACUCAUGAUUGAUUUUACAACCA